UUGCUUGUUCCGCUCUCCGGCUGCUCUUCUCGCUCAGGGCGGGCGAGCGGCGGCUGGAGAUGGCAGCCGCCCUGCAGCGCGUCGAACGGCUGUCCAGUCGGGUGAUUCGCGUCCUGGGCUGUAACCCGGGCCCCAUGACCUUGCAGGGCACCAACACCUACCUGGUGGGGACCGGCCCCAGGAGAAUCCUCAUUGACACUGGAGAACCAGCAAUUCCAGAAUAUAUCAUCUGUUUAAAGCAGGCUCUGACAGAAUUUAACACAGCAAUCCAGGAAAUCAUAGUGACCCAUUGGCACCGUGAUCAUACCGGAGGCAUAGGAGAUAUUUGUAAAAACAUCAAUAACGACAGUACAUACUGCAUUAAAAAACUCCCACGGAAUCCCAAGAGAAAAGAAACUGUAGGAGAUGGAGAGCAACAGUAUGUUUAUGUGAAAGAUGGAGAUGUGAUUAAGACUGAAGGCGCCACGCUAAGAGUUAUAUACACACCUGGCCACACUGAUGAUCAUAUGGCCCUACUUUUAGAAGAGGAAAAUGCUCUCUUUUCUGGAGAUUGCAUCCUAGGGGAAGGCACAACCAUAUUUGAAGACCUCUAUGAUUAUAUGAGCUCCCUAAAAGAGUUAUUAAAAAUCAAAGCUCAAGUUAUAUAUCCAGGACAUGGCCCAGUAAUCCAUAAUGCCGAAGCUAAAAUUCUACAAUACAUUUCUCACAGAAAUAUCCGAGAACAGCAAAUUCUUACAUUGUUUCAGGAGAACUCUGAAAAGUCAUUCACAGCAAUGGAUCUUGUAAAAGUUAUCUACAAGGAUACUCCUGAGCAUUUACAUAAAAUGGCCGAACAUAACAUCUUACUUCAUUUGAAAAAACUAGAAAAGGAAGGGAAAAUAUUUAGCAACAUGGAUCCUGAGGAGAAAUGGAAAGCUCACCUUUAGUUUCAGCUUAAAGAAAGAUUGUGUGGUUCUGUUUGUAGAGAAUGGUAUGUUUUGUUAACUAUUAGUUAUUUACAGAGAAUAUAGCAUGUGGAACGUUGAAAAUAAUCCUAAAUAUACUGUAAAAUAAUAUCAUACUUAUUCUAAAGUAUGUAAAUUACAUUUUGCACCUAUAAUAUUAGCUAUGUGUCUCACCUAGGUCUUAUAACAUUUUACCGAAAAUUCAAAAUCCAACAGUUUAUCCAUUUUCAAUACAUAAAAUAAGUUUCUUUUAAAGUUAUAAAAGUUAUGUCAUUUAAACUGGAUAUUAUUCUUAGAGGUUAUUUAUCUAUUACCAGUGGUCAGUAAUACUGUUUUUUCUAGCUGCUUCAAUUAACAGCACAGAUUUCAGUGUAAUCCUUCCUUUUCUGCAACGUUUGUCUACAUCUGUAGAUUACAGGCUUGUUUUCAUAUUUCUAUCAAUUAUAUCAUGAUUAUAUAUCAGUUCUAUACCUCUGUAUCGUGUAUAUUUUCUCCUAGUGGCAUCCCACAAAUGAUUUAUAUAAAUCAACUUCUGGUAAUAGAAAAAUAUUAAAUUCCCAAUUAAAGUCAUUGUAAAUAAAUCACUAUUUCUGUUAUCCAUUAGUACAACCAACUUACUUUCCAAAUUUAGGUUUUCAUAUAUAGUCAUCAGCACAUAUAUGAAUUAUAUACCAAAGUUUUUAAAAUUAGAAUAUUAUAAGACAGAAUUUUUUAUAAGAAGUGUUUUUAAAUCGUGGUUAGGGGACUUCCGUGGUGGCACAGUGGUUAAGAAUCCACCUGCCAGUGCAGGGG